AUGGCUGCUAACGCUACCACCAACCCCUUGCAGCUGCUGCUUCUAGAGCUUGUGGACAAAUGUGUAGGAUCAAGAAUUUACAUCGUGAUGAAGAGUGAUAAAGAAAUUGUUUGAACACUUUUGGGAUUUGAUAACUUUGUCAGUACGGUACUGGCGAAUGUCACUGAAUUUGAAAUCAUACCAGAAAGAAGGAUCCCUAAAUUUGAUCAAAUUUUGCUCAAUGGAAAUAAUAUAACAGUGCUGGUUCCUGGAGGAGAAGGUCCUGAACUGUACAGCUACGCUAAAUGGGCGGCUGUAAAUAUUUUGCCCGUGACCAUAAAGGGCAUUUGGUCCCACGGCGAACAGCACAUUCUUGAGACUAGCCUGGGGACAGAUGUCUGCUUGAGCACUUUCUCAUCUGUAUGA